AUGAAAGGGUCGGGGGUGGCAGCUCGCGAUGGCAACAAAAGCUUGCCAGGAUCAAGAUCUCUCGCGUCGAUGAAGUGGCGUGCAGGUCGUGGCUACGACGGGCACGCAUCGAAGUUGUUGGUAAGAGGCGGUGGUCACGGUAGGCGUCCGAUCAUGCCCAUCGAGGUUUGGUUGGUUCGGGUGGAGUCGAACGACCGGUAG